AUGCGCAUCCGCCGCUACGCCGCGCGCCUCCUCGCGUCCUCGGCCGCCUCCUCGCCGCCACCGCCGCCCGGCGCGGCCGCGGCGGCGCCCUGGCUCCACGCCGCCGCCGACGACUGCGCCUUCUGCGACCUCACGCGCGGCUCCGACCCGCAGGUUGCUCCCGACGGGAUUAAGCACAAGGGCCACACACGCAUUGCUAGUCCGGAGCCGGAAGUUGAGAGCGACAGCGACGACCUAGCUGAGCUGCCGCCUGCCCCACAAGCUCAACGACGCGAGAUAGACCAUGAGCACUCCGCGAGGGAAGAUGCCGGGGGGCUGGAAGCUACAGGUGGAGCUGCCGCGAGCCCUGAAUCGCAGGCUGCUCCUGACAGGGUUAAGCACAAGGGCCACAUUGCCGGUCCGGAGCCGCAAGGCGAGCUCAAGAGCGCUGCCCCGCCUCCACAGCCUCGUGCGCUGAAAGAAUCGAUUCCAGCUCAACGAUGCGAGAUGGAUUAUGAGCAGUCUGCGAGUGGAGAUGCCGUGGCAUUGGAAGUUACAGGGAGAGCUGAUGCAAAGCCAGAAUAUAUGGAGGAGACUACUCUUUCCAGUGAACUUGCUACUGAGCUGGCCGUCAAGCGAGGACCUUUUGUUGUUGAUAUAUCUGAUGAUGAGCAGGAAGCUGGAGGGACAAGUCCUCUUGUUAAUGUCUCUGUCGCCGAUCCGGAGGCUACUGGGGGAGUUUCUCUUGUGAGUAGAUCGAUCGCUGGGCCAGAAGUUGCAAUGGGAGUUCCUUCUGCUGGUGAGGCUGCUGCUGAACGAGAAGUUUCGGUGCAAGUUUCUCUUGCGAGUGGGUCGAUCGCCGUGCCGGAAUUUAUAAUGGGAGCUUCUCUUGCUGGUAAAGCUGUUGCUCAACGAGAAGUUUCGGAGGAAGUUAUAAGGGGAGCUGCUUUUGCUGAUGAAGCUGUUGCCGAGCGAGAAGUUUACGAGGGAGUUUCUCUUGAGAGUGGGUCGGGCGCUGAACCACAGGUUAUAGGGGGAGCUUCUCUUGCUGAUGAAGCUGUUGCGGAUCAAGAAAUUUCAGGGGGAGUUUCUCUUUCGAGUGAAGCUACAACUGAGGCUGCCACUGUAGUCACUGCAUUGGGAGUUACAACUGGAGUCCCCCUCGACACCGAAGGCAUUGCCGAACCGGAUUGUAAAACAGGAGCCUCUCCUGUCGAUGAAUCUGCUGCUGAAAUUGAUAAAAUGGAAGCCUCUUCUUCUGUCAAUGAAGCUGCUGCUGAAAUGGAUAAAAUGGAAGCUUCUUCUGUCAAUGAAUCUGCUGCUGAAAUGGGUGUUACACGUCCAGGUUCCUUUGUUAUUGAAGCAGCAACUGAUCCAGGACUUCCAGAAAGAGUUUCUCUUCCCAAUGAAGCUGCUACUGAGCGAGAAGUUUCGGAAGGAGUUUCACCUGCGAGUGAAACUGCAGCUGAGCCACCAGAAAUGGAUGUUAUACGGUUAGAUUCCCAUGUUAUUGAAGCUGCAGCUGAUCCAGGACACUCAGAAAGAGUCUCUCUUGCUAAUAAAACUACCACUGAGCGGGAAGUUUCAGAGGGAGUAUCACUUCUGACUGAAGCUGCAACUGAGCCAGCAGAUGUAGUCACUGCAUUGGAAGUUACAACUGGAGCUCCCCUUGACAAUGCAGGCGCUGCAGUACCAGAAACUAAAAUGGAAGCUUCUCUUGUGAAUGAAUCUGCUACUCAAAUGGACUGUGUACGAUUAGGUUCCCCUACUAUUGAAGCUACAACUCAUACAAGGCUUGCAGAAAGAGUUUCUCUUGUGAGCGAAGUUGUCACUGAGACAGGAAUCGCAGGAGCCGCUAACCUCGACACUGAAUUUUUUGUGGAACCAGAAGCUACAGGUGGACCUUCUCUUGUAAAUGAAUGUAGUGAACUGGAAAUUGCGGAGGGGGUUUCUAUUGCUAAGGAAGCUGCUGCAGAACCAGAAGUUACUGGCGAGGCUUAUGUUUGCAGUGAAGAUGCCGACGCUGCUUUAAAUAAGACACGGCCUCCUCACUGUGAUUUGGAUUGUGCCACUGUGCAGGUUGAAAAUGUAGGAGUGUCUGUUCGCGAUGAAGUGCAGCCCUCUAGAGACGAUGCAGCAGACGAGGUUGUUUCCGUAAGUUCCAUGAGCACUGGUCCUGCCAAGAGUCCAACUGCUGACGAAGUAACACCACACGAUGACACACCCAGUAUUUCAUGUGUAUCAGGUAUAGUAGCUAGAAGCGUUGGUAAAUCAGGGAGGACUGAUAUCAUAUGUUAUGCUAGGCGCAGCGGUAAAAGAAAGCUGGAUAUGGCAGAGAUGAAGACAGAUCAGAUUGAAAUGGGUGAUGGUGACAUUUGUGAUCAAUGUGAGGAAAAGGCGACGUUGGACAGAACUGCUCCUUGCGAGAGUGCGAUGUCAACUGCUGGAUCUGUAGAAAUUAAACUUGCUGACAUAAAGAGAGACCCUGCAGACAAUUCAGCUUCAAGCAGGUGUAAAAGGAGGAAGGGACGAUAUGAAUGUGACAUUGAUUACUGCCGCAUGACAUUCAAGAAAAAAACCGAACUUUCUGUCCACAAGAAGAACAUGUGCGUGGUCAAGUCAUGUGGCAAGCAUUUCAGAUGCCACAAGUAUCUGAGACGCCACCAUAGCACUCACAACGAAGAUGCACCUUACAAGUGCCCGUGGGAGGAUUGCACUAUGGCUUUCAAGUGGAGAUGUUCUCUGGCUGAUCAUUUCCAGGUUCAUACAGGGGAAAAGCCCUAUAAAUGCAGGUCACCUGGGUGUAGCAAGAUAUAUAAGUAUGUUUCUGACUUCAUCCGGCAUAAGAAGAGGUGCAAACCUCAGAGGUAAAAGCUUAUUCAGUAUUGCAGAGUUAGGAUAGGGGCAAAGCUCGUGCUUGCUAUUGUAGAUGGCUUCAUUAUUUUUUGGAAGUUCCUUGGCCCAAUUGUUCCGAGUUCUGACAACUUAUAGCGGGGUUGUUGUUUCUUUAUUGAAGAAAAAUGUUACAAUCUUUAGUUUAGAAGCUUCUACUGUGCUUUUCUUGAACAUCGGUGUACAUUUCCAAAUGCUGGUUGAUAAGAUCUGCAGUGUUUGUUGACAGUGAUGUUUGUUCUUCACAGCGAGUGAUAUAUCAACUCCGGGAUUUGUAAA